AAAUAGAAGCGUGUUGUAUAACGAAAUUACCGGUGACUCAAUUUUGACCUUCUUCUCUCCCUCUUUUCUCCAUUAACGUCAGCCAUACAAAAUCCACAGCUCACCCCCACCAUUCUUUUCUAUAUUUAGUCGACUCUCCUCUUCACCAUCCAAUUUAUCGUAGACUUCUCAUCUACUUUUCUUUUCCCAUUUUGCCCUUUUUUUUGCUUCCCUCUUCACUGCACAUAAUCUUAAGCUUCUGGGCCUUUUGAAAAAUCAAUAAAGGUACAGAUGAUGCACGGACAAACAAUAACUGAUCCAGGAGAAGAGAUCAAAAUAAGUUUUGGCUAUAACUUCACAGAUGAUUCAGGUGAGGAAUCAGAUGGUAUUGACAACUGCCAUGGAAUUAAACUUCAAAGAGCCAACAAUUCCUUCUCUUGCCUGUCUGGGGCAGCUUUAAGUGCCAAUGCCACACUAGCUAACACAAAUAUUUGCAAUGGCUUGUUUGGAGCUGAGAUACUUCCAGCAUUGGAUUCACCUACUUCUUUCCGCCGAAUACCCUCUUCCCAAUCUUUCUCAAGGUUGGAUUUAUUGUCAUCCUCUUUGCAAAGCAAUUUGUCAAUCUUGAGUGUUAGUCCAUCCUCUCCAAGCGCGCUACAUGAUGACGAUUCAUUUUCAUGGAGGUCCACGAGUGCUCCUCGAAGUGAAGGUUUCCUGAAUGCAACAGAAGUUAAAAUUGCAGGCGGUGCAGCUGGUGAAGACAGAGUUCAGGCUGUUUGUUCAGAAGAGAAUGGAUCACUUUUCUGUGGAAUAUAUGAUGGAUUCAACGGAAGAGAUGCAGCUGAUUUUCUGGCUGGAACAUUAUAUGAGACAAUUAGAAAUCACCUCAAUUUAAUAGAUUGGGAACUGGAACAGGAUUCUGGUAAACUUUCUGACCAUCUGGAUUUCUGUGGAUCUCUCCAUGAUGCCGUUCAAGAUGGUAAAUCUAGCACUAAGAUUAAAGAUACAUCAGGAAAUGUUAAUCAGGGGUCUUAUGUUGAUUGCUUUUCGAAAGUGGAAAAAUCAUGCGACUCAUUUAAGCAGAAGGUACUUAAGAGCCUGGAACAAGCUCUUUUUCAAGCUGAGAGUGAUUUCCUCCAUAUGGUUGAACAGGAAAUGGAUGACCGUCCUGACUUGGUAUCUAUUGGGUGUUGUGUUUUGGUUGUGCUUCUCCUUGGGAAGAACAUUUAUGUGUUAAAUGUAGGUGAUAGUCGAGCUGUGUUGGCAACACAUUCUGAUGGCAUCAGUAUUUGCAAUGAUGAAGUAUUGCAGGCUGUGCAGCUAACCAGUAGCCAUAAUGUUGAUGAUGAAUCUGAAAGAAAUCGACUAUUAAAGGAUCAUCCUGAUGAUCCCUCAACAAUCGUGGCUGGAAAAGUCAAGGGAAGGCUAAAGGUCACUCGGGCACUUGGAGUGGGAUAUCUGAAAAAGAAAACAAUGAAUGGUGCCUUGAUGGGCAUACUUCGAGUCCGUAAUCUGAUCAGUCCUCCAUAUGUUUCAGUACAGCCUCAUAUGACUGUACACGAAAUCUCAAGUUCAGACCAGUUUGUUGUGCUUGGAAGUGAUGGUUUAUUCGACUUCUUCAGCAAUGAUGAGGUUGUUAAGCUUGUCCAUUCUUAUAUCUUAUGUCACCCUUCUGGUGAUCCAGCCAAAUUUUUAGUGGAGCAGCUUGUGAUGCGAGCAGCAGAUUGUGCAGGAUUCAGUAUGGAAGAGUUGAUGAGCAUACCAGCUGGUAGGAGAAGGAAAUAUCAUGAUGAUAUAACAGUUAUUGUAAUAAUCCUUGGGAUGAACAAACGCACCACAAAAGCAUCCACAUACCGAUGAGUUUGUCAAUUAGAAGAAUUAUUUUAUGCCUUUUUCCUUUUCUUUUAAUUUUUCCCAUUUGGGCUGUCCCUAAAGUGGGGGAAUAAUACAAGAAAGGGAGUAGGUUAUUUUAUUUGUAAAAUCAGUGAUUGUCAUUAUUUUUGGAUUAGUUUAAACUUGUUCUGUGGAA